AUAUAUGACAGGCUUUACAUAAUUGCAGCAUUCUCGCAUUGCGAACGGUCAUCUUAUCAAGCUCACCGAAGUUUUAAAUUCACAUCUCAAAGUAAUUUUUGAUAAACAAUGAAUUCCGUGCGGUUAGUAAAUUUGCAGAAGAUUAUUAUAAACAACUCAUGGUUCGUCGUCAAGGCCACUCUGGCAAGCGGUAUUGUCAAUUACAGCAUUCAACAGGGUCUAUGGUCCAAAUCCGAAGAUAGUGUGCAGUUGUACGGAAAACUCUACAAUUAUGUUACCCCUUACAUUAAAGAGAAUAUCCCAAAAGAAGCCUUGAACAAACUUCCACCAAUGCUGAGUGUCAGUGAAUGCAGCAAUUUUAUUAAAUCAACAUGGAAUAAAGGGGUCAUAGCAAGUAUGAAAUUCCUAUCUGAAACUCCUACAUACAUGAGCAACGGCAUACAAAGUCUUUCAAACACUAUGGGACAAUAUAUAGAGCAACAAAGUGCAGCUGAGAAAAGUCAAUAGUAUGAGCGAUUUCUAGUUUUGUUUUGUGGAUUUUAGGCAAGCCUUAUGUGAUAAUACUGUCAUUAAAUAUUGAAAUAUAUA